GGGGCGAGUGAUUGCUUUCGCUUUUCUGCUUUACAGCAAUCUUUGAAGAAAAUCAGUCGACAAACGACCCAGCGUUUCUCUCAGACGUUCUUCUCUUUCACUCUGCAACAACACCAAACACCCACCCGUUCCAUUUAGCAAACACCCCUCUGUUUUUUCACUUACCAUGCUCACGCUAACACGAGGGGUGCGCACUGUCCUCCCCCUGUUAUGACUCUCGAGCACCCCCCGCCUCGUCCUCGACCUUCCUCCUCUUGCCAGCUCCACCCCGACCAGAACGUCACCGGCUUCUGCGCUUCCUGCCUCCGUGAGCGUCUGACCCAGCUCGCUCCAGCCGCCGCGUCGGACCAUAAGCCCACCUCCACGUCAGCCCUAAACUCCUUCUUCAAAAAGACCGCCAAGCCCUCCGCGUCUGACUCUAACGUCUUACCUCAGCUACGCCGCAGCAAGUCCUUUUCUGGAAUAAAACAUUCCGAUGGCAUUUCAGUAAUUUUCGAGCCACAGCGACGGUCGUGCGACGUCCGAGCGCAGAGCACGCUCGCGAAUCUCUUCUACCAGGAGAACGUAGGGAGAGACGAUGGCAGGAUUGUAAAUUCGAGGAUCGGCGGGGUUGAAGAAGAGAUCGAGGAGAUAGUGGAGAUCAGAGCUGCGUCGGCCGUUGAUUUAAGGGCGAUCGGUGAAGAGGAAGCGACGAUGAAGGAUCAUAUUGACUUGGAUGGUCAGAUGAAAAAUCCGACGGCGGAUAAGGCCCCGUCGGCGAUUGCUGGAAGCUUUCGGGCCGCAGCAGCGGUUUUCGGGAAGAAAUUACAGAAAUGGCGUGGGAAGAAGAAGGGUGGGGCCCAUGGCGGGGAUCGGUCAGCGGCGGGAAUGGUGGCGAGGGAUGAGAAGCCGCGGCGGUUUCUGGAUACGCAAUCUGAGGUGGCGGAUUAUGGAUUCGGGCGGCGGUCGUGCGACACGGGCCCACGGUUCUCGUUGGAUGCUGGCCGGGUGUCGUUUGAUGAUCCGAGGUGUUCGUUUGAUGGGCCGCGGGCGUCUUGGGAUGGGUAUUUGAUGGGGAGAGUGGGGUUGCCGAGGAUGGCCCCGACUAUGGGCUCUGUUGUGGAAGAUGGCCCAGUUGUGAUUGGACGGUCAGAUGAUAAGAUCCUGUCUGAGAUGAAUUCGAUUGAUGAGGAUCCGAAGACGCCAGGUGGGUCAGUUCAAACGAGGGAGUACUACUCGAAUUCCCCAUCGUGGCAGCGGCGGCGGCGGAGUUUCGAACGGUCGAGCUCCAUGAGGAAGGUCGGGGCAGUGUCUGCAGCAUCGAAGACUGACGAGACGAGGUCAGUUUCCAGCGCGAAGCUCUCGCCACCGCGCAUGGACUAUUUCCAUAGGAACAAGAUUGCUGAUUCUAGGGACUUGCAUUCGAAUUCGCUUCGAGAUGAUUGCUCUGAGAUCUUCGAAUCGGCUUCCCGGGAUGUAGCUGCUUCUGGCCGGAAAGGGUCUAAGAAGUCGGGCCGGUGGAGCAAGGCAUGGAACAUUUGGGGGUUGAUCAAUCGACGUGGGAGUGGCAGCAAAGAUGAUGAUGGUGAUGAUGACGAUGGUGGGCUGCAUUGUAGAGCGAAUGUGGUUGAGCGGUCACGCUCUGAAUCUUGGCGGAGAGAGGCAAAUGUGGAGCAGAAAAUGGCGUUCGAUCCAAAAGCUUUUCGGAGCAAUAGCAGUGUUAGUUGGAGGAGCUCUUCCAACAUUGGAGGGUUUGAGAAUGUAAGGAGGGUCUCGGAAACAAAUGGGCAUGGUAAGAAGAGGAGAGAAGAGCCCAUGUUGGAGCGGGCUCGGAGUGCAAGGUAUUCGCCGAGUAAAUUCGAUAAUGGGUUGCUGCGUUUUUACUUGGCACCCUUGAGCAGUAGCCGGAGGAGCAGCAGGUCUGAGAAGAGCGGGUCAAAGAACUCGCAUUUGUUCACUAGGAACGUUCUGCGGAUGUAUUGAAUUGGUGGCCCGCCGCCUCCCAUCAGGGUGAUCCUACAUUUCAUUUAUCCAGCAUGCCAUCAAGAGUUGGAUAUUGGUUGUUUGGUCUUUCACAUAUAUCAGAGCAAUACUUGUAGAAGUUCUCACUUCCCCCCCUCCCCGCCCCCCCCACCAAUAGUCACAGUUCCAGCCAUCUGAGCUGCUGCAAGUGCCAAGUCCACAUGAUGCAGUUCUACCGUUCAAAUUGCAACAAUCUGAUGCUAGGGUGCUGUUUGAUUUGUUCAGUGUCUUGGAUGAUACUUGAUGAGAAGAGGGCCAGACUAAUGUGAAACUGAAAAUGUGAUACCUGUCCUGUGGGCCUUGUUGGUGACUCAUCUGCUUUCCUGGCUUGGACUGAACAGGACAGCUAGCUGAAGUGGUUCAUGCUUUUAUUGCUUCACCUCAACCGUGUAACUUGGCUGUAAUGGAAUACACAAAUGAAUCCUAGUGGGAAAUAUUUGGGAGUGACCAUGCGAUAAGAGAAUUCUUGCACGGAACUCUUUGAAACUACCCAUCUUUCAUUGGGAUGGUGGCAAGAGAAGAGCGAAAGGAAGAGCAAAGCAAUAAGAAAGUGUAUCAGGCUUCCAUGGUCGGAGUUUCCUUUUAUGGAAUGAGAAUGUGGGGACCAUGAUUGAGAAGACAUGAACAGCGAAGGCAGAUGUUUGGCCAGAACUUGGUGCUGUUUCUCGCCUGUGGGAAGUUGAGACGUCCUUUGUAAUAAUCAAAACAGGGGUCAAAACCAUGAGGAACAUUGGUGGCGGCUCGGCGGUUGUUAUUCUGAUGGAAUUCGUUGCUUUUCAUUCCUACUAUAAUUUCUUUAUUGUUCCUGUGAUCUCCUGUAGUUUUGUAAGUUGCUGCUUGCUGAACAGAUAAAAUGGCAGGUCUGUUGAAAAUUGUCACUUGUUGGUAUU